AUGCCAAAGAGAAAAGCAUCAGAAAUUUCAAAAACCAAAGAAUCUGAAACAGCUCGUGAGUAUGACGAUUCAGACGUAGAUUCCGAAGAGAAUGAUGAGUUCGUGGUUAUACCUGAUCCAGACAACUCAGGUUCUGAAGGAGAAUAUGACUCAGAUGAUGAGAAUUUGGAAGAAGAAAUCCCAAAACCAAACAUUUCAUACAGAUCUACUUUUCAUAACUAUUCAGCAGUUCAAAAAAAACUAGAACCAGAUCAUGAAUUUUCAUGGUGUAAUUCAGAAAAAGUAUGCCCUGGAAAUGUAGAGAAUGAAUUACUGUUGAGUGAUUCUGUAAAGAAAAAAAUAUGUUCAAUGUCACCUGUGCAGUUAUUUGAACUUUUUUUCUCUAAAGAAAUAAAAAAUUAUAUCAUUGAAGCUAGCGAAGCAAAUGGAUUGGAUUUAUCCGUACAAGAACUUAAUACUUUUGUGGGAAUAUUACUGCUAUCUUCGUACAACAUACGAAAUGAGCUAAGGGAGUAUUGGGAAACUGACCCUCUUGUGAAGUGCUCUGUAGUUUCUUCAGCAAUGAGUCGUGAUAGGUUUUGUGAAAUAAAAACAAAAAUAAAAUAUUCUAAACCUAAAGAUAAAAAUGACCAUGACAAAGCUUGGAAAGUUCGGGAAAUAUUAAAUCUAUUCAAAAUAAAUAUUCAACAAUUUGGCUUUUUUAUGACAGCUCUUUCUGUAGAUGGAAUGAUGGUCAGAUUUUUUGGACGUACUUGCCUAAAACAAUAUUUACCUUGCAAGCCUGACAGAUAUGGACUAAAGCUGUGGGGAUUGUGUGGAGCAAAUGGGUAUUUGUUCAAUAUGGACAUUUACUGUGGUAAAAAUGAUACUAGCAUUGGAAUAAAUUUAGCAUCAUGUCCACUUGGAUCCAGAGUAGUUGUACAAAUGAUCAAUCCUCUUUUACUUGGCAUUUCAAAAAGAAAGCUAUUAGACUAUCACCUCUAUUUCGAUAAUUAUUUCACUAGUCCUGAUUUAAUUGUACACUUGGGCAAAUAUGGAUUGCGAUCGACAGGAACUGUACGCAAGGAUAGAGUGAAAGUAAAGCAUACUUUUGAAAAAAAAGCUCCGCGAGCAGUUGGUGUUACACCUAUAAAACCAAUAAAAAGGUAUUCACGAACUGCUAAAGAUAGAAUAGAAAUAGGAUUUCCUUUUGCCUUCUCACUGUACAACAAAUUUAUGGGAGGCGUAGACUUGCACGAUUUUCUAUGUAAAAAAGCUUGCCCAAGUAUUAGCUCAAAAAAAUGGACAUUCAAAAUUUUCUCGCGUAUCCUUCAAGCUUCAGUUACAAAUGUUUUAACACUUUGGAACAUUUGCAAUACCGACAAAACUAAACAUGUUACAACAAAAUAUUUAUGUAAAGAAAUCAGUAGAGUGUAUUUAUCCAAUUCUAAAUUGGGCGAUUUCCAAUCUUAUCAGUAUGAAACUAGAACUAGAGCAGUAUGUAACUACAAGGAGUGUCGUCAACGAACUAGCAGAUUUUGCAUUGAUUGCGACAAGUACUAUUGCUUGCACUGUUUUCCUCUUUUGCAUCAAGCGAAAUAA